GACGAAAAGAACCAACGAUUCUCAAAGAACAGCAGAGACACAACUCUCUUGAUGAAAUAAUACUUGGUACGUCACUUUGUCGUCAUUUCCGUAAGUGCGCCAUACGUGUGUGGACUGUUGUUGAAGCGGUAGGCCACGUUUUAUGAAAAUGUGUUUCUGAAUUUUUAUUUGCUUGUGGUCUAAAUUCAUUUUAGCAAUAAUCUUUAAAUGUCAUGGGUUAUAGAAGUUAAGGUUACCGUGGUGAUACCAGAUAACUGAAAGAAGGAUUUUGAGACCCGCCAAAACCGUCAGGAAGUGACUCUUUGCUAGUGCUAACACGCGUACAUAGUAAACAAAAUGAGCGGCGGAUUUUCUUUUGGACAAGGAACUGGGGGGUUUAGUUUUGGCCAGACUACAGCUGCUCCUACGACAGGUUUUGGGAUGCCGGCAUCCACCACGGCACCUUCGGGUGGAGGUUUCACUUUUGGCAGUGCUGCUCAACCCAGCACUAACUCCACCGGCGGCUUUGCCUUCGGAACCCCAGCUAAGAGCACCGCUUCAGGAGGCGGCUUCUCGUUUGGGACUCCCACCACAUCCUUCGGCCUGGGCUCGGCUCCUCAGACGACCUCAGCUGCAGGGUUAACGUUAGGCUCUACACCGGCCCCGGCUGCGGGCACAGGGUUCACUCUGGGCGGCCCUCUGUCCACACAGAGCACCGCUGCACCCACUGGCGGAGGGUUUAGUUUUGGAGUCGCCACCCAGGCCCAACCAGCGGCAGCUCCCGCAGCGACCUCUGCAUCAUCAGGCUUCGGCGGCUUCAGCUUCGGCACCAAAGUGCAGGCUACUGCCACUACAGCAGCAGCAGCAGCAGCAGCAACCUCUACUACAGCGACAGGCGGAGGAUUUACAUUCGGAUCUGCAGCACCUUCUACACUAACCCUAGGUAUCCAGCCAGCUGCCCCAACAGUAGCCACUACCGCUCAGCCUGCAGGGUUCUCUCUCGGCAUCAAACCCUCCUCUACACCUGCUCCUCCUGCUACCACCCAGGCCGCUCCUUCAGCAGCCCCAUCCCUCUUCUCUCUCUCUGCACCUGCCUCUAGUGGUGCUCCAACUUUGGGCACAGGCUUUGCUCUGCCCAUUGUUCCAACCUCAGUAGCAGCCAGCACUGCUCCAACCACUACAACAGCACCAGGAGGGUUAUCUUUGACACUGAAGCCUCUGGGAGCAGCUACCACCGCCUCUGCUUUGACUACUGCUACUACAGCAGUAGCGGCCACAGUCGGAGUUACUCCUGGUUUUACCCUGGGGCUCAAGCCUACAACAUCUACCGCCAGCACAGCUAUAACUACCGCUGCUGCCACCACUACCACCACCACUGCUCCUCCAGUGAUGACUUAUGCCCAACUAGAGGGCCUUAUCAACAAGUGGAGUCUGGAACUGGAGGACCAGGAGAGGCACUUCCUGCAGCAGGCCACUCAAGUGAAUGCCUGGGACCGCAUGCUGGUGGAGAACGGCGAGAAGAUCACUUCACUCCACAAAGAAAUGGAGAAGGUGAAGUUGGACCAGAGGCGGCUAAACCAAGAGCUGGAUUUCAUUCUGUCCCAGCAGAAGGAACUGGAGGACCUACUGUGCCCCCUGGAGGAGUCUGUGAAGGAGCAGAGCGGAACCAUCUACAUGCAGAACGCGGACGAGGAGCGCGAGAGAACAUACAAGCUUGCAGAGAAUGUGGACGCGCAGCUCAAGAGGAUGUCUCAAGAUCUAAAGGAGAUCAUAGAGCACUUGAACACAUCCAGCGGCCCAGCAGAUACCAGUGAUCCGCUUCAACAGAUUUGCAAAAUUCUCAACGCACACAUGGAUUCUCUUCAAUGGAUUGACCAAAAUUCAGUUCUGCUACAGAGAAGAGUGGAAGAAGUGUCCAAAAUGUGUGACAACCAGCGCAAGGAGCAGGAGAAAACCUUCCGAUUAACAUUUGACUGAAUUUGCAAACCAAACCUUGCUUUAUUGUUAGUUACAAUAUAGGUUGUGAUAUAGU